AUGUCACGUCGUCAAUAUUUCCAGAUUGUGUUUCUGCUGUUAUUGUGUGUGUGUACAAUUCAGUCUUUAGAUCGGAGGUUUACAGCGAUCCGGUUUCCACCGAUGGAAGGAUUAAUGCCUCAAGCGGAUCCUUUAUUAAACGUUAAAACCAAGAUUGGCUGUGCUAUGUUUUGUGUCCAGGAUGAAACAUGUGCUUGUAUAUCUUACAAUAAAUUCGAUUCAUUCUGCAUGCUGGUGCCAGAACCUGCUACAAAUUUUGAAAAAUCUACCAAUAUAAGCAUAAUGCCCCAUUUAUAUCAUUUCAAUGUUCAUGAAGUACGGAUUGACACUAAAGAAAUAUUAACCCAAGGAUAUAGAUGGCAUGAAGCUCACCAAACAGCUCUGAGAUUUCAUUAUUCCAGACCUAAGAACAAUACCGAGUCAAUACAACUCUGUCAGCAGGAGGGAGGAGAUUUGGUUACAUUACAAACUGAGAGUAAACUGAAUACAAUAGUUCGGAUACUCAAUAGCAACACAAAGUUAGCUAGUGCUGGAAAACAUUUCUACUAUAAUCCAACUACUGAUACGGGAUUACCCAGUCCCCCAAUGUGUAGUGUCCUCACAAAGUCUGGAACAUUUGAAGAGGUGACGUGUGAUACUACAAUACCUUAUAUUUGUGAAAGAUAG